GUCACGCGCAGGCCGGCCGUUGGGGAGCGGAGCGGAGCGGAGCGGAGCGGAGCGCAGCGCCGCCGCCAUGAGCACGGAGGAUCUGAUCGAGACCUUCCGGGCGCAGCUGAGGGACGACCCCGACGUGUCCUCGGCCGUGGCUGCCAUCCGCGCGCUGCUGGGCUUCCUCAAGCAGGACCGAGGCGAGACCAUCCAGGGCCUGCGGAAGAGCCUGCGGACCGCCAUCGACACGCUGUCCCGCGUGGACUCCUCGGUGGCCGUGUCCUCUGGCGGGGAGCUCUUCCUGCGCUUCAUCAGCCUCACCUCGCUGGAGUACUCCGACUACUCCAAGUGCAAGGAGAUCAUGAUCGAGCGAGGGGAGAUCUUCCUCAGGAAGGUCUCCCUGUCGAGGAACAAGAUCGCCAAGCUCUGCCACCCCUUCAUCAGAGAUGGUGCUCGAAUACUGACACAUGCCUACUCAAGAGUGGUCCUCAGAGUGUUAGAAGCAGCUGUUGAAUCAAAGAAGCGAUUCAGCAUUUAUGUCACCGAAUCACAGCCAGAUCAAGCAGGGCAAAAAAUGGCAAAAGCCCUGAGGAAGCUGAACAUUCCUGUGACUGUGAUUCUAGAUGCUGCAGUUGGCUACAUUAUGGAAAAAGUGGACCUGGUGUUAGUUGGUGCUGAAGGUGUAGUUGAAAGCGGAGGAAUUAUUAACAAGAUUGGCACUAAUCAGAUUGCUGUGUGCGCCAAAGCUCAGAAUAAGCCAUUCUAUGUUGUAGCAGAAAGUUUCAAAUUUGUAAGACUUUUCCCUCUAAAUCAGCAGGAUGUUCCAGAUAAGUUUAAGUACAAAGCAGACACUCUGAAAACAAGUCAAAACCUAACAGAGGAGCAUCCCUGGAUUGACUACACAUCACCAUCACUAAUCACAUUACUCUUUACAGACCUAGGAGUACUGACUCCAUCAGCUGUCAGUGAUGAACUUAUUAAACUUUAUCUGUAACAAAGACAGACUCAGUAUACAGAAUGUAUUAUUACCUUCUUCAAUGACCAUCACAGCAGUAAGAACUUGAAAGAUGAUGUAAGUUAUAUGACCAUAGUAAGGAGAAGACAGUUGACUGAUGUAACAAGCAGCCUCCUUGAAUUUUUAAGGCAAAACAUCACAUAUGAAUGGACCACUGUUUUAAAAAAAAUGUUGCUACAGCUUCUAAAGGCUUUAAAUAAUUUAUUUAAAGGGUGGAAUGUUUUGAUAUUGUAAAAUAAAAUACCUUACUGUGUUUUCAAACUCAUUCUGAGGUAUGCUGUGACUUACUGGUCUGGGACAGAUGUGAUACCUGCCUGAACAGAACAAAACUGAAGUGCACAAAGAUCCUGCUAACGGAAAUCUGAUGCUCCUCGCACACUGUACAAGAGCAGUGUUUUUAGGUUUGUUCUUAACUGCAGGCAUGUUUGUACUUCCACUGAAAUAUUUAUGGAAGCCAGGUCUCUUAUAGGAAGAAGUUAUCAGUUGUUCUCUGUAUUAUUAUUUUGUUAUAAAAAUACAGUUUUAUUGAAAUAGGUAGCAUUUUAAAGAGGCUGGUUGACAGUCUUGUUCUAAUCUUCAGACUCCAAGUCAGACGCAGUUUCUGCUUUGAGUCUACUUUGGCUGCCUGUUAGUCUCUUUUCAAACUCUUCUUCACUAAUUUUGCCCUUCUUUAAUCUUUUCAAGAGUCUGGUGUCAUUCAGCAGCUCCUCCAUGUCCUCAUCUUCAAUAUCAGAGCCCUGUUGACAGUUGAAAAACAACAAUUAAACAGCUGAACACCCAGAAGUGCCCUUCCUAGUUGACUAGUACCAGUUCUUCUAUUAGUUGUCAUCUACUGCUAUCCUAUAUUCAUUAAUAAUUUUAUACUGUGACUCAUUUGAGAAUAAUUUAAUACAGUUGCAAAGCAGAUAGAAAACAGGACACAAACAUUGCUAAAGGUUAAAAAUGCUCUAUUAGUAGCAGAAUGAGUGAAUGAAGGACAGUAAGAAAAGCAUUAAUUAGAUGAUAGGCUUUUUCUAACGUUUAUUCCUACAUAAUACUAAAAUGUUCCCAAGGAAAUUCUGGGCUUAGAGUAAAAGGAAUCAAAAGUGCAUGGUCUUCUAAAUAAACAGUAUCUUUCUUCAGUUAAAAAGUAAA